AUGAGUAUUCUUGAGACAGCUACAACUGGGACUAACCACCAGGAAGACCAAGACGAGUUUACCAGUAAAAACACAUUCACCAAGAGGAGCAAAAAUUUUGCUACAUUAGAGACAACUACUUCCUCAAAUCUCAAGGUUAUUGAUACAAAUGGGAAUGUGUUGAAAGUCCCCGAUUAUACAAUAAAAGAAAUUUUACAAGUAAUUCCUAAACAUUGUUAUGAAAGAUCUUUAGUCAAGUCCUUGGGGUUUGUUGCUCGUGAUAUUGCAAUGAUGUGCAUUAUUAGUUAUGUUGGCCAUAUGCUUAUCCCAGAAAUCGAGUUUGUUGGGCAUGAAAGAUUAUCAUAUUUUGCUAGAGGUGCUGCUUGGAUGGUGCAAUCGUACGCUAUUGGACUCUUUGGUUUUGGAUUGUGGAUUUUAGCUCAUGAAUGUGGUCAUGGUGCAUUUUCAGAUUACCCAGGUAUCAAUGAUUGUAUUGGAUGGGUAUUGCACUCAUAUUUAAUUGUUCCGUAUUUCUCCUGGAAAUUUAGUCAUGCCAAGCAUCACAAGGCGACUGGCCACUUGUCUAGGGAUAUGGUGUUUAUCCCAUAUACUAAACAAGAAUACUUGAAGAAAAAAAAAGUUGAUAAGGUUGCCGACUUGAUGGAAGAAAGUCCAAUUUGGUCCUUGUUGGUUUUAAUCUUUCAGCAAUUGGGAGGAUUACAAUUUUACCUAGCUUCAAACGCUACUGGUCAAAAAUACCCUGAGACUUCAUGGUUUAGUAGAUCACAUUAUGCGCCAUCAUCUCCUGUUUUCGAUAAACAUCAGUAUUGGUUUAUCAUUUUAUCCGAUGUAGGUAUCAUUGCUGCCGUUACCAUGGUUUACCAAUGGUACAAAACAUUUGGUCUUUUCAAUAUGAUGAUAAACUGGUUUGUUCCUUGGUUGUGGGUGAAUCAUUGGUUGGUUUUUGUUACUUUUUUGCAACAUACAGAUCCAAGUAUGCCUCACUAUACUGCAAAGGAAUGGACAUUUGCUCGUGGUGCAGCUGCUACAAUUGAUCGUAAUUUUGGCUUUAUUGGACAGCACAUUUUUCACGAUAUAAUUGAAACACAUGUCUUGCACCAUUAUGUAUCAAGAAUCCCCUUCUACAAUGCAAGAGAAGCUACUAAGGCUAUAAAGAAAGUUAUGGGCGAACAUUAUAGAUAUGAAGGUGAAAGUAUGUGGUUUAGCUUGUGGAAAUGUAUUAGAAUGUGUCAAUUUGUUGAUGACGAUUGCCCUGACGCAAAAGGGGUAUUGAUGUUCAGAAAUGUUAAUGGUUUAGGUGUACAAGCAAAGGACUAA